AAAGCUGAACUGUGCUGGAAAAAAACCAUGGCUCAAACAUUAGAGAGCCAGAGUCAUUUUAUCAAUAAGUACAUAGAUCUGCUCACGCAGGAUUCAGAGGAUCUGGACGCCUCAGCCUCUACAUCAGCAGAGCAUGGAGCAUUUUCUGUUGGGGUAAAUGAGUAGAGAGGAUCCUAGGCCAUUUUUAGCAAUUUCCUGGUGAUUAAAAAAAGAUGAACCCAUUUAUUCAACAUUGAUUAUUUUAACAAAUUCAGAGGUACCUUAACAUAAAAUUAAGGUUAUAGUGUACUUGUAACCAUCCGUCUCUGCUUGGUACAGCCCCAGUUCAUGUGACAGUGCUUUGGUGUGUGUGGGACCUCGUCGUUGGCGUGCCAGAGGAGGAGAGAGGAGGCAGAUGGAGAUGUGUAUCCUGUGUCACGAAGCGCAGGAGAUCCUACCUGAUGGCACCGCCAUGGUGCUCGCUGCCUUUGUCCAACGCUCUCCGGUCAUGUCCAAGAACCGCAAAAGACCCCCUCACAAUCCAGAGAGCUGUGAUCCCCUCUUCAUGCACCCUGACCUGUCCUUUGGUACCCAUACCGGCAGCUGUGGCCACAUCAUGCACUCUCACUGCUGGCAGAGGUCUUUGAAUAUCAAUGAUGCAAACAGGGAGGAGAAAUAUAACAGAACGAAAGACCAACAAUCAGAAGCAGCAGAUCGCCAAGAUGGAUAUCUGGGGCGUCAGGAUGCCACCAAUGUUAGUGGAGUACUUUGCCACGUUGCGCCAACAGUCGGAAGAUUACCAAGCUGCGCUACGAAAACAGCAGGACGCCAGGAAUUACCUGGGCUUCAACUUACCGCCUAUGUUCAUGCAGGACUACGCCAUGCUACGCCAACAGGAGGAGGAGUCCAGGUACAAGGGGGAGUUUGUGUUCAGUACAGAGACCCAGCCCUGGACCGACAGGGUGACCUCAGAGCUCGAACCUGAGCUCCACGAGGUGGGCUCACCAGCCGAGCUCCAGCAAAGGGUCAGCGGGGAGGCACUAGCACCAGGCUUUGGUGUCCGAGUCCCAGUCAAGUCUCAAGUCCCUAAGGUCCCAGCCAAGCCUCGCGUCCCUGAGGUCCAAAUCAAGCCUCGCGUCCCUGAGUUCACGUUCAGGCCUACUGACCCAAAUGACCAAAUGCCGCUCACGCACCGCCAAGCUCCGCUCACGCCACAGUCCGCCGACACGCACCGCCAAGCUCCGCUCACGCCACAGUCCGCCGACACGCACCGCCAAGCUCCGCUCACGCCACAGUCCGCCGACACGCACCGCCAAGCUCCGCUCACGCCACAGUCCGCCGACACGCACCGCCAAGCUCCGCUCACGCCACAGUCCGCCGACACGCACCGCCAAGCUCCGCUCACGCCACAGUCCGCCGACACGCACCGCCAAGCUCCGCUCACGCCACAGUCCGCCGACACGCACCGCCAAGCUCCGCCCAUGCCCCAGUCCGCCGACACGGCCAGCCAAGCUCUGCCUAUGCCCAAGGUUCACAUAGUGACCUCAGAGCCUCAGCCUCCCCGUUCAGCUGAGGUCGUCGCUCAGCCUCCCCGUUCAGCUGAGGUCGUCGCUCAGCCUCCCCGUUCAGCUGAGGUCGUCGCUCAGCCUCCCCGUUCAGCUGAGGUCGUCGCUCAACCCGCCUGCUCCAUGGCAACUAGAGUUCCCCCCCUUCUGCUUCGAGGAGACCCACACUCCUCUCCCUGGCCGCACGGGGGACUUCUCUCGGCCUUCCAGUUCAGCUGGGGACGUCGCGCUGCUUUCAUGCUCUGCCGAGGAAAUAUCUCAGCUUCCCUGUGCCAUUGAAGAAGCCGCCCGGCCUCCUGAUUUUGCGGGGGACAUUUUCUCCAGGGGGCCAGGACCACCAGAUGGAGGACGUAUAAUUUUGGGCGCUCCGGGAGUAGCGCCCUUGGGGGAGGGUUCUGUCACGUAUCAGGAAGCUCUGGACUCCACUUCCCAUCAGCCACUGCACUGCACUACAUGUCACAUGACCACCUGCACCUGAUUCACGUUUUGGUUAAUGAGCACUCGUGUGUGUGUGUAUAUAUAGCCAUUGUCUGCACUGAUUCACUGUCUUUUGUUGUAUUAGACUACCAUGUUACAUGUUUUGUUUCAUGCCACAGUAUUUUGCCUAGUUGUCGUAGUGUCUAUGUUUUGUUGUUUGUUCAUAUAAUAAAUGUUAUAUAUCUGCGAUUGCUUCCGAACCCAUCCUUGAUUCGUGACACCAGG